GUUCAAAAUAAAGGAUGUAUCAAGGGAGAGGCCCAAGACCAAUCACUAGAGCAAGUGUUUAUAGCAGGAGUCAGAUAAGAUCCAAGAAAGACUGGGAUGAUAGAUUCAGCAUUGAGAGAAUGCCACAGUAUGACGCAUUAAGGGAUAAACACUGCCAAGCCUUUGUCAGUAUGAUUAAGAAAAAGCUCAAGAAGCCAAAAUAAAAUUAUUGGUAAAGUAGAUUUAGCUCCCGGAAGAAUAAGGAGAAGAAAGAUUCGAAAACAACCAGAUGGUGCUGAUGAUAGAAGUAUCAGCCGUAGGAUUCUGAAAAGGCCUCCUAAAGGAGAGAUAAGGAUAAACAGAGCUACUAUAACUGAUGAAAUGGUGAAAAACUUAGAAGAAGAGCUUGCUAAAUCUUGGAUUGAUCAUAAUAUUCCUCAAUAUCAUACUGAAGUUUUCCAUAAAUAUUGCAAGCUUUUACCUAUGGAUUCUGCUGCAGCAAUGAUGGCAAAGGAGAUAGAUGAUCUCAAGAAAGGUAAAGCUCCGAUACAAAAAGUAUCUAUCGCAAUUAUUGCCAGAGAAAAUUGUCUUGAAGAAAUUGAAGAAUUUAGAGAUCCUGGGAUUGAAGUUUUAGAAUCUUAUAUUGCAAGAUGAACUCAUAAGCUUCAUAGUCUCAGAAUGCUAUCCCUAAAUGCAGUCGAAUGAAUAGUAAUAUGGAGAGAGCAAAUGCUUUUUGCGUAUAACCAGUGCAACCCUAUCAAUAAAAACAAUCCUUCCCCCGGUAUUGCAUUUUUGUGGGACGAUCUAAAUUAUUUGGUAAAGAUGAAAUCUGAUACAGAUUUCCUGAAUGAACAUAUUCUUUCACGGUAUUUCAAUUUCUCAGAAAAGAACGAUCCUUUCCUUGUUAUUCCUUCAUGAGCUCAUACAGGGGUUGGUCUCAAAGGAUUAAAGAGAGGGAGAGGAAAGAAGAAACUUAAAAAUAAAUUAAAGAGCGAUAAGUUUGAAGUCCCUCUUGAUAAUUCUCUCAUGCAAAGGAUAAAAGCUAGCGAAGUCAUUCUUGAUAUAGAGACAAAAGAUACUCCUAGCGAGGCUGCAAGCCCUAUUGGCUCCAAAAAGAGAAUUUCUCCAACAAAGGAUAUUGAAAUGGAGUCUGAUGAUGGAGAAAAUGCAAACCCUAAUUCUAACUCUGAAGAACAAAAAAUUGAUCAUGUUCCUAAAAGGCAAAAUUUAUUCGAAAUUCGCAAGCAGAAAUAAAGAAAGUUCGAAGGAUAUUAAAAAUAUUAGCCCAAAUCAAACAAUGAAAACAGAAGAAUCUCCUUCAAAAUCUCCUCAAAAACAGGAAAUUACAAAAACAACAUCUCCUCAAAAAGCAGAACCUGAGCCAGAAGAGGAGGAUGAUGAAGAGAUGUUUGAUUAUGAGCUUCUUCCUCUCGAACUUCAUGCAAAUGAAGCAAUUGAUUUCCUCAAAAAUUACUCAAAUAAAAUAGAUAGUAAGUUCAACGUGACUUACAACACACCUGAAUACAUAUUCGAGGAGUGUUUCAAAGGAAAUAAUGCUCAGUGAUAUAAAAUAAACAAUAAAACAAGCUCUAACGAAAUUGAUGGAAUCUUAAUCUACAGUGGAGAUUCACACUUCGAUAGGAUCAACCUUCAUCAUAUCUCCACUAUCAAUAAAUAAAGGAUUUGAGUCUGCCAUCCAAGUUGUUAUUCAACAUAUAUGGACACACGAAACUGUUAAAGAAAUCAGGAUAGGCCUCCAUCAUUAUGAUGAACAAAAGAAUGGCAAAACAGUCAAGACUGUUGAUCCUGAGAUGAAAGUUGCAAUGAAAAAUAAACUCAAAUGGAAGAAUAUUCUCAAUGUUAAAAAUGAUCGGAUUUUGGUCAUGGGAGCUGUUAGAGAUAAAUCAGAUAUCACUAGAAACGAGCUUGAUGAUAUGCUUUCGAUAAAAUCAGCACUUUGAUAUUCAGUAUCUCAAGAAACUAUAAGACCACAAAGCGCUACUAACAAUAGCUCAUUGUUUUUCAUUCCAAGUCUCUGAUUGUCAAACUUGAUACAAUCGAAUAUUAAUACCGAUGACGAGAAUCUUCCUGCUCACCAUAAAAGCCUAACUGGGAUUCUAAAUAAAAUUAAGGAAAAUAAAAUAGGAUCCUUCCCAAGUACAGCAUGUAAUAAAGACCCUGAUUUAAUGAAGGCGAUAGAGCCUGCAUCUGCUAAUGACAUUCAGAUCGAUCAAAGAAUGAUCAAAACUUCACAAAAAGAGUAUCAUUGAAAUGUGACCAAAGUUGAUGGCAAACUUCUCAGCAUUGAUUAUUGAACCCACUCUAUAAAAUCCACUGACUAUGCUUAUCUUCGAAUUAAGACUAAGGAUAUGGUGUGAGUAAAAACUCCUACUAUUGAUACUGAAAUAUUCUUCAUGCCUGUUGGAAAUAAGAGUGAGUAUGGCUUACUUGUCUUCAAGAAGCCAACAGGAGUGCACUUCUCAACUUCAAUAGAGCUGUAUGAAUAUUGAAAAGAUAUUACCUCUACAAUGAGUGAGACUGAGACUAGUUAUUCCCAUGGUCUCUAUCUUCCUUGAUUUAAGAAAGUUAUUCAAAACGAAAAACUAGAUUUCAUGCAUGGAUUCCAGGUAGACCAAGAAAAUAAUGCUUCAAUUACAGAUACUGUAUUUAACUCUGAAAUAGCAAUUCAUGGGAGAAUACCUAAAAAAGCUGCUCUUAAGUUUGAGCCUAAUGAUGGCUCUUAUAUAAUCGAUGAUGAUUACAUUUUCGUGUUGACACAUCCAUCUCUAGAAGAGGAGGCUAAAAUUCCAUUUAUCUGCGGAAUAGUAGCUCAAGAUGACUGGAUAGUUGUUUAACUCACAAACCCAAUCAUGAAAUCAUAACACCUAAUAAGGAGCAUAUUCA